UGUUGCUCUUAUGACUAGUGAGUGAGUGGAUGGGUGUGUAGGGCUGUACAUGGUCAGUGUCUUACUUGCUCUAGAUGAGCAUUGAGCAUGUUGCUUCACUCUGUAAUAUUACUCAUAGUGGGCAUUUUUGAGUGUCAAUGCCAGGCUACAACAUAUGGCACUUCAAGGACCAAGCAUCAGUCUCAUCCAAGCUCCAAUGCCUGGUCUGGAUCGACAAGAUAUGCGCAUUCCAGGACGUCUGUGUCCUCAUCAUCACGAUAUGGUUCCUACAGACCUUUAGAUGUAUACAGAAGUCAGUAUGGAACUUAUGUUCAUUUGAGGAAUCAUAGCACACUGAUUCCUUCAUCUGUACAACAUCCCGAAAGUUCAACAACCAGUUGGACAUUAGAUAACACUAGGCAGUAUGAAAGCUCAGGGAGACAUACGUACUCUGGUUCUGAUGAUCAUAUUAGAAGACAGGAAGGGACAAGUCAUAACUAUGGCAGAACUGUUGCUACCCAAAUAUCAACAGUUCCCCCUCUGAUUGAGUCAUCAAUUGGUCUCACUCACUACACAACACUGAACAGACAUGGCCAAGGCAGGAGUCCCCACCCCAUCACAUACCCACCUCCUCAGGGGUCACUGUAUAGACGAUUUGGAAAGAAGGGACAGCGCAUAGCUGGAGAAGGAUAUGGGGAGGCAUACCUAGAGUGGUCUGAGUAUGGUGUAGGAUGUACUUGUGAUGAGUGUGGCACUCGCAACUGUCAGCACUUCUCUGGUGUAUGUGAAUGUUACGGUAAUGUCAUUGGUGACCAGUUGUGAGCGAUGUGC